AUGCAAGUAUCAUUCAACAGCUACAACAAGUCUAAACAACAAUGAGAUCUAGUGUGGUAGUGGCUUUCGGGCUAUUAGCCCUGGCUGCGGUAGUUUCCGCCCGGGAAAUUCGGGAAAAGCGGGAUGCCGAUCUGGAGUCCGCCGCGUCCCAUCAUGGCGGGCACUGGGACAAGGGCGGCGGCCACGAACACCACGGCCACCACCACCACGAGGGCGGCCAUCAUGACCACAAGGGACACAAGGGCCACCACGAGCACCACCACGGCAAACACGGACAUCACCAUCACGAAGGACACAAAGGACACCACGGAGAACACGGCGGCCACAAGAAACACCAUCACCACGAUGAAGGAUACCAUCACCAUCACCACCACGGAGAGAAGGGCGAGCACGGCCACGGUCACGAUGAGCACGGCCACUGGCAUAAGGGCCACGACACAAAGGGACACCACGGCGUCGAGAAACACGAUGAGUUCAAGAAGGACAAGCACUUCCACGACCAUCAUGGCGAAAAAGGCUUCCAUGAGCACCACGGCGGCCACCACCACGAGGGCGGCUACAAGAAGGGCGGUCACUUCCAUAAGGGACACAAGCACGGCGGCCACCACCACCACGAGCACGGCAAGGGAGGGCACCACGAGAAGGGCGGACACCACCACCACCACGAGGGCCACCACGGCGAGGGCGGCCAUCACGAGCAUCAUCACCACCACCACGACCACGGCAAGAAGGGCGGCCAUGAGGACCACAAGCACUGGGGCUACAAGAAGCACUAACCCGCUGAUCUCAAUUUUAUUAUUUGUUGAUAAUUUACAACUAAGUUGCUUUGUUAUAAUGUUUUUACGAAUGAAAGAUAAAAUUUUAUAAAAAAAAUCUGUUUGA